AUGUCCGCUGAUGAGAUAAACGGCUCGCCACCGCCAUCCUACCAGGACGUUGUGGAUGGGAAAGCAAGCGACCGCAUACCUCCAUCUCUCCUCUCGGUAGAUGGUCAAACCAUCACCACGCAACACCAUGAAGGUGUCUCUCCAACCGCAGCUUAUCGGCUGAAUCGCGGCAUCGCCACUCUGUCUCAUGCCACUUCCGAGGUCACUUUUGAGCGGGUAGUGAAAGCACAUGGCCAAGCGACAGAAAAGGCCCCCGAUCGCACUCGACACAUUUACAACCUCCGGUAUAUUCACAAGGCUCCGGGCGGACUGGAAGGCGUGCCGUCGGACUCGCCGCACUACUACGUCGAACGCGUCUCGUCCAAGACGGGGCUUGGUAGCCUGGGGAUGAAAAAGUCUACUCUGCGAAAGCAUUGGAAAACGCUUCCACUCGACCUGUCGGGGAAAACGAGCAGCUAUAAGCUCCCGCAAUUUGUCAAGGAUGCAGACGCGGUGUUUACGUUGAGCCUUCAGGGCGAUCAGUUCAUAUGGGCCGAUGCCCAAGGAAAUGUGGUAGCGGAAGAAAUCCCGCAAGAGGACGGAUCUGCGUCGAAACUACAAGUCAAGUCAAGUCUGGAACGGGAUUCUUUUGAGAUGCUGGUCGCCUUGUGGUGCUGCCAUGUUUGGCAGCAGUCUGCUGAAGGCCAGCCUCGAGUUCAAACACGGCUAGAAUCAGCGCUCUUCAACACUAGGUACAUCAUGAACCGACCGACAAGCACUGGAAUACAAAAAAACUGA